AGUAACCGUAAAACGACAACAACUAGUUCAUUAGUUACUCACUUACUGUUAGAGACUUAAAACGAAGUUCCUCUGAUAUUUACAAUGACUACUUAUAACAGAAUGCCCGAUUUGAUUAGUAGUAGUGUUAAUAUUGAAGAUGAUGGCAGACAAGUGUCACAGAUAUCGCACUCAACAUCUGGAACAAUAUAUCCUUUUACUGCUCACUCACAAUCAGCUAUUGCCCUGCUCAUCAAAGAAAUUGCUAAAUUGUUGCGUUUACAAGAGGCUAAGAAGAUAAUCUAUUUUCUGGGGUUUUGUACAUUAUCCACUGUCAUUCUUCUUUAUUGGUGUCAUUCUACCAAUAGCAUGGCAUUAACAGCAUUUAGUUUUCUAAUGAUAUUUGACAUACUAAGUUUGUUGACAUGUUUAUUAAGUGUGUGGGUUCAAGCACAGCAGCCAUCUAGUGUUUAUUCAUUUGGGUAUGAGAGAUUUGAAGUUCUUGCUGUUUUUGCUUGUACAAUGUUGGCACAGCUUGGUGCAUUUUUUAUUAUCAAAGAAAGCAUUGAAUGUUUGCUGUUCCCUCCUGAGGUUCACACUGGCAGGCUUCUUGUAGGAACAGCUUUUGGAUUGAUAGUUCAUCUCUCUGUGAUUUAUGCUGUCAGGAACAGAGCAUUUAACCAUGUCAUUGAUGCUUCCAGCUCCAGCUGGUUACAGGAACAUGUUACAGACAUGAGUGAAAGUUUGUGUCUCUUUGUGCCUGGUCUUAGUAAACUGCUCCUUCCAAGAAUAAAUCCAUUUUCAUUGAUUGGAUUUGCUUGUAGCGUGGCAUUGCUGGUUACAUAUUUUUUGAUUGAUACACAUCAAUAUUAUCUUGCUGAUCCAUGGGCAGCAAUAGCCAUUGCAUUCAUGACAUUUGGCACUAUGUUUCCUAUGAGUGCAUAUACUGGAAAAAUAUUGCUACAGACGACCCCAUCUCAUAUACUUGGUCAGCUUGACAAAGUUCUGAGAGAAGCGUCAACAUUAGAUGGAGUUUUGGAAUUUAGACAUGAACACUUCUGGACACUUUCCUUUGGCACUCUGGCGGGCUCAGUACAAGUCAGAGUGCGUAGAGAUGCUGAUGAACAACUUGUUCUGGCUCAUGUUUACAACAGGCUGAAUAAUCUGGUAUCUAGGCUCACCAUACAGAUCUUUAAAGAUGACUGGUCAAGGUCAUCUGCUUACACCACUGCUGCCCUAAGUGGCAUUUCUUUCCCUGUUGUGACAGGAUUCCCUUCUCCCCCCCAGUUAGCCUCACCCAUCCAUGAGAUAUACACUCCAGCCUAUUCUCCUCUCCCAUCCUACAGACCCAACCCCAUGUCAUAACUGGUUUCAACAGUAGUGCUCUUUACUUUAAAACAUAAGUCAACCAAAUUUAAGACAGGAUUGUAAUUAAAUUCCAGGUAUUUAACUUUCAUACAGGUGUUUUACCUUCAUACAAGACAUGAAAAUAAAAUAAUCAUUCACUACCUUUUGAUAUAUGUCAGUAAGAAUAAAUAAAGUAGUCUCCUCUGUAUUUUAUCUCUUGAAAACUUUUAUAAAGUUCAUAUUUUACAAUUAAUUGUAUUUCUAUUUAUCCAGUAAUAUCUAUGUUGUUUAUGUAUAUAAAUUUGUAAAUUAUGUAAAUGGGGAAA